CACACUUAUUUUUCAUUUCCCUCUUCUUUAUCAAACAUUGCACUCUCCUUAUCCUAAUUGUGUUACCUCACCAGUGACAAACUCCCCUAAUCUUCAUUGGCGAAUGACGUCUACCCCCACGAAACCCCUUACGUUAACAUCCCUCGUGGGUUGUCGCCACACUAUCGACCUACACUGUCGCACAUCUCAAACAUCGUCGUCCUCGAUACCAAUUGAGAGUCCGUCUCCAAGCAAUCGUUUCCACUUGCUCUAAUCCCAAAGACGCAAAACGAUCUCACGACUCUCGUUGUCCUUUUGAUUUCCUUCUCUAUUGUUUCCACUUGCUAAUUGAGUCUGAGAGUCUAAGACGUAGAACAUGUCCGAAAGUAUGAAGCCCUUCGACUACACCUCGUCGCCUCUGCCUGAAGCACCUCUGCUUCCAGGUCCUCUAGGCGCUUGCUCAUCUCGUUGCUCCCUCUCUGAAGAUGGUGAGUGGAGAAUAAUUCUGCUGAGAUACUUCAAUCAUAUUGGAGCUCACGAAAGUGGGAAAGUUGUUGUUAGAAGAUUACAAGAGUUGAAUGUUGAUGGUCAUGAUUACCCUACAAAAUAUGGCAGUGCUAUCAGGGAUUACAUCCAUGUGAUGGAUUUGGCUGAUGGUCAUGUUGCAACACUUAAAAAUCUAGAGGACUUGUGUUAUAUAUUUUAUGGUGGUGGUUUGUAGGGCAAAAUAUGCGAAGGGAAAGGCCAAACCUUGAUCCUAGCGUUAUGUGGAGAAUAAGAAAAUGAAAAAAAAUGACGAUGUACUUUCCUUAAUAUCUUUUUACCAUAUUAUACCAUCAAAAUUUUCUGGUGUAAUAUUGUUAUAACACAAAGUUCAUUUUUUCAGUUUUUUACUAUAAUGGUGGAUGACAUGUUAUAACAUAAACUGCAUAUUAUAGCAAUGUACUUUCGUUAUGCAAUGUUAGACAAAGUUGUAUUUUUUUCAUUUAUUUAUCAUACUUUUCUGUUAAAGAAAGUUGUUUUCUUUUCAUUUUUUAAUGUUGUAUGAUCUAGUGCAAUUAAAAGAAUAGAUGAAAAAAAGGCAAUUUGGUCCUUUCUUAUGUUGUUAUUUGUUUUUGUUUUUAUUUUAUUUUUUUGGUUUUUUUAGAAAUUGUUUCUAACUUUACAAAACUACCAUUUAAUUUUUUUCAUUAAUUUAUACAACCUUUUAAUUGCACAAAAAAGCAAUGUACUUUUGUAAAAUGCUAUGAUUGAACUUUUUGUUCAUUGUUUAUUCUACCAAAUGAUAUCAAA